AUGGGGUUGUUGUUCUCCCGCGAAGGACGCUCGGGCUUCUCCCGCGGCUCCACCGCGGAGGAGGUCACCGCCGGCGUCGAUGGCCACGGCCUGGUCGCCAUAAUCACAGGUGCGUCCAGUGGCAUCGGGCUGGAGACGGCGCGGGUCAUGGUGCUGCGCGGCGUGCACGUCAUCAUAGCCGUCCGCAAUGUUUCCGCCGGGCUCGCGGCCAAGGAGGCCAUCGUGGCCAAGAUCCCAGGAGCCAGAGUCAACGUGCUAGAGCUGGACCUCAGCUGUAUGGCGUCGGUGAGGAGAUUCGCCGCCGAGUUCGAGUCUUUGAACAUGCCCCUCAACAUUCUCAUGUGA